UAGUUGUGCUUUACAAAAUCAUAACGACUUCAAGAGAGGGAGCAGUAAUUUGGGGAUAUCUUAUUUAAGACAUUCGUGUCAGCAAUUAAUUGGAAGCUCUGUUUAGUACUAGCUUACUUGCUAUUAACGGUUUGUUUCCGCAAUGAAGUUUGUGAGGUUUCUAAUGAAAAAUGCUGCUCUGGCCAAUGUGCCAAAGCACAUUGAUCAUUUUUCUAAGUUUUCGCCUUCACCUUUAUCUAUGAAACAAUUCAUUGAUUUCGGUUCCACAAAUGCCUGUGAAAGAACCUCUUUUGCCUUCCUGAGACAAGAGCUGCCUGUGCGUCUGUCCAACAUUAUGAAGGAGAUCAACUUGCUGCCCGACCGUCUGCUGACCACCCCAUCAGUGCAGCUGGUGCACAGCUGGUAUGUCCAGAGCUUGAUGGAAAUCCUGGAUUUCCUUGACAAAAGCCCAGGUGACCACAGAGUUCUGGGAGAGUUUGUGGACACGUUGGUGACCAUUAGGAACAGGCACAAUGACGUGGUGCCUACUAUGGCACAGGGCGUGAUCGAGUAUAAGGAGGCCUUCGGCCAGGACCCCGUCACUAGCCAAAACAUCCAAUACUUCCUGGACCGCUUCUACAUGAGCCGCAUUUCCAUCCGAAUGCUCAUCAAUCAGCACACACUGAUCUUUGAUGGAACUACAAACCCACUUCACCCGAACACUAUUGGGUGCAUCGACCCUCACUGUGAAGUGGCAGAGGUUGUAAGAGAUGCGUAUGAAAGUGCAAAACUGCUCUGUGACCAGUACUACUUUGGCUCACCUGGCCUCGAGCUUCAAGAAUUGAACACCAACCAGAAGGGGCAAGCAAUCAACAUGGUCUAUGUCCCCUCCCAUCUCUACCACAUGCUGUUUGAGCUCUUCAAGAAUGCUAUGAGGGCCACCAUUGAAAACCAUGAAGCAAGUAGCUUCCUCCCACCCAUUCAAGUUAUGGUUGCCAUUGGUGGAGAAGACCUGACAAUCAAGAUGAGUGAUCAAGGUGGUGGUGUCCCCUUCAGGAAGAUUGAGAGACUCUUUAGUUACAUGUACUCAACCGCUCCUGCCCCACAAAUAGGCCGCCACGAAAUGGCACCUCUGGCUGGGUUUGGCUAUGGACUCCCAAUCUCACGCCUGUAUGCUCAGUACUUCCAAGGAGAUCUACAGCUCUACUCCAUGGAGGGCUAUGGCACUGAUGCUGUCCUUCACAUGAAGGCGUUGUCAACAGAUUCAGUGGAGAAGCUGCCUGUCUAUAACAAGACGGCACUGAAACACUACAAAAUGAGCCAAGAGGCUGAUGACUGGUGUGUGCCCAGCAAAGAGCCCCUGAAUCUGGCUAUCAACAGAUUAGCCAAGUGAGGGACCAUCAACCCAAAUUCUCAAGUUAUUGUCUCGGUAGAGGCCAAGCAAGAUGGACCUUGUGCUCCGCUGAAUUUGUGGAGGGGAGUCCGGAGAAGACAAAAGACUAUUAAAGAGACCAAUCUCAGUAGUGGCUGUUGGACUCUGUAGACCAUCUUGAUUUAUUUUGAAUCUAGUGACCAGGACUGACCCUGCCCCACCUGUUGUGUUUCUAGCCAAGAAAUUAAAACUGAGUUGCGUUGAGCUGAACGAAGGUUUAAACAUCACUCAGAACACUGCUGUCAUGGGAAUUCAUGAGAUUCUUAUUACAUCACCAUUCCCUUCAUAGAAGUUCUGAUGAGUGGUUGUAGAAGCACUGUUACCAGGGUCCAUAACAAAGGGUAGGCGCCCAGUCACAGGCCUUUGUACUUUGGGAAGGCAAUAAGGAUCAAGGGCCAAAUGUUAGCCAAGACCAAGAGAUGAUUGGAGGCUUUCGUAUGUUGACAUGUGGGAGCUGUGUAGAGAGACUAGCCUUAGGCUGAAACUGAACUUCUUAGAUUGAAGAGUCUGAAGCAUCGUUGUUGAUUCUGCGAUCAAGUGCAUUCUGUUGAUAUUAUUGCAGAGACAUGGAAAGAAAGGAUGAGAGCCAGCCCUAAACUGAAUAUGUAGGAAGGAUCCUGAGAUCAUGGCCAAAACAAGAGGCUUUGUUUUUGAGGCUCAUAUCCUGGUCUGUUGAGACCACUCUCACUAGCGACAGUGCCGUUGGCUCCAGUAUAGAUGUUUCGGCCACCCCUUUCAAUGCAAGUCAAUGGUGACAAUACUAAGUCAAUUUUCUUCCCCCACAAGUAAACGUAGUUGUGAUCUUUCUUCAUCCUGCACACAGGGAGACAUUGCACAUGGCCAUUUCCCUACUGCCAAUUAGAACAACAUUGCCACGCCCAAAAACUUCACUUCUGCAGUGUCAAAAUGCUUUUCACAAACCCAUGGAAAAUCACUGGGUGAUGUCACAGACGCCCGGCACUCAUUUUUUCUACAAGUGUAAAUCUUCCAGAUAUACACUUGGCUCGUAUUGUAGUAUAGUAGUAUCAUUUCCUGGAUUCAGUCCGCUGUUGUGGCAUUUCAUGUAUGGUCAUGUGUGGUAUGUAAGGAUAAAUCUGUGGACCUAUCCAAACAAUUCCGAAAGUGUUCUGCAGCUGGUUUAAACCAAUGCUAUACUAUUUAAGUUUGAUUUAACCUGCUUUCAUAUUUUGAAGUGAACUGAACAAACAAAUGACAACAUGUAAGUUUCACUGUUAUUGUACCCAUCAUGUCUAAACUGUCUUCAGAGGCCAUGAUGUUGUGCCUCAAUACUUGUCGGCAUUGUGAAAUGUAGUUGGUGCUAGAGUGCCCGACAAAACCGCUUGUAGUUUGCCCAGAGUACUUUAGCCUUUACUCUCUAUACAUCCAGAAAUGUAUGUCAUGUUCGCACCCAGUUGUAACCCCAGAAUGUACAUGCACACUUGCUGGUAUUGGUGUCAGGGUAGUAAAUGUAUUGUAUUAAGGGAAGCUGGUUGUCAUCUGUAAGGCUGUUUUUUCAGCCAUUUGAAGAAAGUGUGGCAUCUGUCUAAAGGUAGUGGGUCCACCAGUUGCACACACAGAUUAUAUUUUUAAUGUUUGACCAUUAAAAGUUCUUGCCUUUUUGUUUCUUUUUUUAUUCCCUUUGCUUUGCAUCCCACUUUAAAUCACAUGCAUUUAUGUAGAUUUAAAAAGAUCAUAUUUUUGUAAAGAAACCAUGUUUUAUUUCUGAAAUGACUAUUUUGCUAUUGAAGUUAAAUAAAUGGCUGUUUCAAUGAAAAGCUA